UCUCCAUAGCAACGCGAUCAGACGCGCGCCGCGCCGCGGGGAAAGUUUCGCUCGGGAUCCGAACCGAGCUCCAGGAUGUCGCGGGGGUUUCCCGGUGAGUUUCCCGAUUUCCCUGAAAUAACGAGCGAGAACUUUGAACACAGUCUCUCAUCUGAUCAGAGCUUCGUGGAGUUCUUCAACGACUUCCUGCUGCUUCCGGUGUUCUCUGUGGCCGUGAGGUAUGAUGGGAUCUCUGCAGGCUUCGAGCUGCUGGAUCACACUGCUGUGUGUCUGUCCCACCGGAUCAGAACCGCUCUGCUGGAGAUCCGGUCUAGAGCUGUGUGUGAGCCGAGCUGGACCCCUGCAGAACCCCUGCGAGACAACAGCUACAGCGUCACACGUCUGGACCGAGAGCAGACCGUCCAGUGGCUGAAGAGAGACAGACUGCCCUUCUUCCUGCAGAGCGACUGUUACUUAGAGUUCAGGUUGACUAAAGGUCUGUCUCAGCUCAGUGGGGAUUGCUCCUCUCCAAUCAUGACCUUUGACCUGAGUUCUGCUGUGAGGAGUGUGCACUGUGCUCUGGUGUGUUUGCAGUGCUGUCUUCUGUCUGCUCGGCCGUUUGGCAGAUUUUCAGAGGAGAUGGACAGCAGCUUCAUCUGUCCGAACCCUGCAAGAUCAGAGCCGGACAACUGCAGCUCAGCACACGGUCGUUCUCGAUCCAGCUUUCUGGAGUUUAAGAGGUCUCUGGUCGACGGGCCGGGAGAGAAUAUUCUUCAUCUGUGGAUGGAUAUCGAACGACUGAAGAGACUCAGCGCCAGGACCAAGAACAGGUAUUUAGGGUGGAUGAAGGGUCAGUAUGUGGUCAGCAGCAGCGCAGCGGCUCUGAGUGAACAGCUGCUGUGUAGACUGGGGUUAAACAGCGCCACCUGCUGGAGAGAGGAGCGACUGCGAGAGGUUCAGCCCCGUCUGUCAGAGAUCCUGCUGCUGUACUGGGGUCAGCGCUUCCGCUUAAUUAUGUCGGGUCAGGGGUCAUGUGAGCGAGGGUUGAGUUCUUCUGUCUGCGCAGACACUGAUCCGCAGGCCGUCUGCUCCUGCAGUGAUAUGAGAGCUGAGCUGGACGGCACUGAGAUUCAGUCUCUGCUGGAGGUUCUACACACUGAAUCCAGAUCUGGUUUCUUUUUCACUCAUUUCUGUCAGAAUUCAGGACCGCAGUUGUGGGAAAAUGCUGUGUAUUUCUGCUCAGAACUACUGCAGUACCACCAGCUCUUCUGCCAGAGCAGAUUUGAUCCGUACAGAACACAGCGCAUGGCUCAGUUGCUGUAUGCCUCGUACCUGAGCAGCGGUGCUCAGAUGAGCGUGGGCUUGAGCGAGGAGGACAGGAGAGCCGUCCUGCAGCGUCUGAGUCCCCCGUUCGAGGAUCUGUUUGACCGGGCGCAGGAUCAUGCUCUGAGAGUCCUGCUGGAGCCAUGGACGCUGCUAUCAGAGAGACUCCGAGACGCUCCACACACUGUGGCGCAGUGGCAGGAGAUGCGUUACGCCGAGGCUGAGCUCUUCCAGACUCUACAGACUCUGUACACACACACUCAGAGCAGACAGCAGGUAACACACCUGGAGCACACACCUGGAGCUGGUCUGAGUGAGCCGUACUAUAGUCCGUCUGCUCGUGUGUCCAGCAGGAGCACAGGACCGGGGCUCUGGGACAAGGUUCCGCAGGAGUUCCGCGCGGUCCGUCUGGAUUCCCUGCUGAGGAACCGCAUGGAACUACAGCACUUCCUGUCCUUCCUGGAGGAGAAUUCGGCCAGUCUUGAGCUGCAGUGCUGGCUGGACGUGGAGCAGCUGAAGAAGAGUGAUGGAGUGCUGCUGGAGGAGAGAAACACCAGCAUCAAAGACAAAUAUUUCAGCAGUAACUUCCUGUUUGGACCCGGCAGCCCGGCCACUGAAGAACAGCAGAUGAAGUUGCUGCAGAUGUGUGGUAGCCAGCAGUGUCUCCAGCGUGACUCCGUGUCUCUGUCUGUUCUCUCGGAGCUUCAGUCUCUGCUUCACAGUCGUUUAGAAACUCGAUGGCUGCCGCUGUUUCUCUCGAGCUCACAGUUCAUCACGCGUCAGCAGAAGAAGAGACAUGUUAAUGGCAGUAUCCCUCUCGUCACAGACGUGGAGAGAGAGCAGCAGCCGGUCAUCCGUCAGCGCAGGAGGAGACACGUCUGGAGGGUGUCUGGAGGUCUGAUGAGCUUGUCUCAGGAGUCGGUGGCUCUGCGCAGGGCUCUGUUGAAUCCCGUCACCUGUCUGCAGUUCCAGAAGUUUCUGUCUGUCCGAGAUGAUCUGCUGGAGAACGAUCUGCUCUUCUGGCUGGAGGUUCAGAGAUACAAGGAUCUGUGUCACUCCCGCUGUGAUGACGUGGCGCUCCAGAGGAAGGUGUCCAUCAUCAUCAGCUGCUUCAUCAGUAGUUGUGUUCCGCCGGCGCUGCAGAUCCACGUUCCUCCAGAUGCAGCGCAGAGAGUCAUGAGUCAGCAGCGAGCGCUCGGGCCGUACGUCUUCAGAGAGACACAGGCAUGUGUGUUUGACGAGCUUCUCAAGCACUGGCCGGAUUUCGUGGAGUUGCGCUCCGACGUCGGAGAGGAAGAACUUCAGCGAGUGCUGGACAGAGAGACACGGAGCAGCAGACCGACAGAAGAACAGGACGACAGCUGCUCACAGGAGGAGGAGGAGGAUGAGGCUCAUGUCGUUGCUGAUGAAGAGCAGAACUGUGGGACUGAUGGCACGAGAGCAGCCACAUAUAAGAUCUCCUGGUCCUACACUAAACACAUGGCAGCGCUGGAACACGAGAAAACAACAUCAUCUUCAUCAUCCCCGACAGAUCAACACACACACACACACAGACACUCCAGACACACAUCUGAUCAGACGAAGAACCAGAACGAACACCGAGCUGAAGACAGAGCCUCAACCGAACAAGUGACGCGUGUGAUGUACAGUUAGAUUUUAUUAACAAAAAACAGAUUCAUUAUAUAGUGACACUUAUUUUUCAUUAGACAAGAAUACAGGAGCAAAUGAAAUAAAAACAGUAAAUCAU